AUGCAAACAACAACAAGCAUCACCACUACCACCACCACUUGGAAUCCAAACAAUCCGGAAUCGGCUGGUUUUGCGACGGCAGACAAUAUGGUCGCUAGUUCGCAAAGCAAACGGAAAAUACAGACGAAUAUUAAUGAGCGAACAACGGAAACGCCAACGACAAAGCGUGUCAUUAGGAUAUUUCGACCAAAUACAUUAUAUAACUUUGGUGAACGGGAUCAGCGUACCUGGGAUACGAACUCAUUUCCACCGGCAAAAGACACUCCUAAAAGGGAUAAAGUAGGAGGUGAUGUUAAAGAGGAAGAUGCCCAGAAGUAUGUGCUAAAUUUUUUAGUUACCGAGAUUAAGAGCGAUAACAAGAAUAAGAAGGACGCUAAGUCCACUGCGGCAGCAGUGACUGUGACCACUCAAGGAACGACUCCUACAGUUGCUUUGGAUUCGGAGCAGGAUUACGAAGUUGAUGAUCGAGGUAUUACUGGCUUUUCGCAGUAUAGCUCGAUUUUUUUUCGUCUUCAUCAUCUCUUUCUUUAUUUUCUGCUGGUUAUUGUCUCCACCCGUUUCAGUCUUCCAAAUUUUUUAAGGCUUAUUAUCCGAUAUAGACACAUUGUUGGAAGCACAACAAAAAUCUAA